GUGCGGACAGAGCGGAAGUGAUUGGUCGGAACGCAAAGCGGUGCGGACAGAGCGGAAGUGUAGCCUGUUGCUGUUGGUGAAUGGUGACAGCGUCUCAUCCUACAAAAAAAAUAAUUUCCCCCCCUACAGUGUCAACCCAGUCUCCCCUUUCCCUCUACCCAUGGCGGCGAACUCUAACAUAGAUAUCCAGGGAGCCACCCAGCACCUCCGGGACAUCCUGAAGCUCGACCGGCCCGGGAGCAGCGCCGACCCUCAGCCCAGUGACGGUCAGAGAAAACUCUCCUUUAACGGAGAGCUGAACGGUUUACUGGGAACCGGCCUGCUGGGAAGCACCGACCGCUCAGCCAUGUCCGAAUCUACCAGACCCAUCUCCACGGACCUCAGCAGCGUUCAGGAGAGUCAGAGGAUCUGCCUGACCGGGGACGACGGGACCACCUGCAUCCCCAUCACCUCCAGCAACGUGGAGAUCGUGGCGAGUCAGGACUCGAGCAUCAACAGCAAGGCCCGAGGCAGCAACAGGGUUAAAAUUCAGCCUGUUGCCAAAUACGACUGGGAACACAAGUAUUAUUAUGGCAGACUGAUAGCUGUGUCCAGCUCCUUCCUGGUUUACGCCAUUAAAGGAGCCAAUAACCACGCCAUGAUCCGGGUCCUAAGUUUAGAUUUUAACGAGCGCACCCUGCUGAAGGGAUUCAGGGGGGCCGUCACAGAUCUGGCUUUCGCCCACCUCGACUCGUCUCUGCUGGGCUGCGUCGACGAGGCGGGAAACCUGAUGGUUUGGCAGCUCACUUUCACCGGCAGCAAAAUCCUGGAUCAGAUGGUGGUUCAUAUCCAGCGACCGGAGGACACGCCGCUGGACUCCCACCGCCGUCUCGUCUGGUGCCCGUUCAUCCAGGACGACGGCGAGGAGAACCAGGACGACGCCAGCCAGACUCUGGCCCUGCUGCAUGAAGACCGGGCCGAGGUUUGGGAUCUGGAGGUCCUGAGAGCCAACAACAGCAGCUGGCCCGUCGAUGCCUCUGAGCUCAAAGAAGGUCUCAUCACAGUCAAAGGUCACAGCAAGCGAGUCAGUCAAGGAGCCUUGUCUCCUGAUGGGACGGUGUUGGCCACGGCCAGCCAUGACGGCUUCAUCAAGUUCUGGCAGAUCUACAUAGAAGGUGGACAUGACAAGCCCAGAUGUCUUCAUGAGCUGCGUCCUCACGGAGGACGGCCCCUGUCCUGCCUCCUGUUCUGUGACAACCACAAGAGACAGGAUCCAGAGGUUCCCUUCUGGAGGUUUCUGAUAACGGGGGCGGACCAGAACCAGGAGCUGAAGCUGUGGUGCACCGUUUCCUGGAACUGUCUGCAGUCCAUCAGGUUCUGUCCUGAUCCGUUGACCUCGUCGAUUCUGCCGAGCCUCAAGGCCAGUUUGGAUCUUUCUGCUGAGUAUCUGAUUCUGACAGACGUGCAGAGGAAGGUUCUGUACGUGAUGGAGCUGCGGCAGGACCUGGAGAAGGGAAAGGCGAGCUUCACGGCGGUGUCGGAGUUCCUGCUCACCCACCCCGUGCUCAGCUUCGGGGUCCGGGACGUCACCCACACCCGCCUGCGGCACACCGAGGUCCUCCCUGCGGAGGAGGACACUGAGAGCAUGUCAGCAGAGGGUGCCCAAGGACCUGCAGAGUCCAAAUCUGGGAUCCAGAUUAAACUCUACUGUGUUCACACCAAGAGUUUGCAGGACGUCCAGAUCUGGUUUCAGCCCAACUUUGCUUCCAACUCGUCUGGAUUUCUUCCCCACUCUGAUUCCCAGGAGGCUUUGGCUUCGUUUUCAGAUCUUCUCACAGACCAGAGCUCCGAUAAGGAAUCUGGAAGUGGCUCGCAGACGGACCUCAGAAAAAUCCCACCGCUUCCCGCCCCCUCAGACUUCCUGUCCAACUCGGCGGCCGGCGGCGGAGCCAUGCCCAAGCUGAUGACUCCAGACGCCUUCAUGACACCGAGCACUUCGGUCCCGGCGUCUCCCGGCAGCAGCGCCAGCAGCCUGACCAUCGUGACCGCCAUCAGCAGCAACUCUGACAGAGCGAUGGAUGACGUCAGUCAGAGUCCCAGCAGAGGAGAUAACAGCAGCAGCAGUUUGGGACACUCGGCCUCCACCAGCAGCCCCAGAUCUGCUGGAGUUCUGCUGCCCGGACUGGAGAACCUGGCGGUGUUGGGGUCUCCUACCAGUCCCCUGGCCCUCGACAGCCCUCAGGUCCUGGAUUCUCCCCUCCUGCCCCUCAUGGCGUCUCCAACCAGAGCGCGCUCCCCUGACGUCAUCUCCUCGGCCUCCACGGCUCUGUCCCAGGACAUGCCGGAGAUCGCCUCGCAGACCCUGCAGCUCCAGAGGGGCCACGGGUCCGGACUGGAGGCCUUACCCCUCUCCGCCCUUCAGACGGACAGCAUGGCCUCGGCCGCCUCCGCUCUGCACCUGCUGACCUCACCGCGCGCUGCUGGCAACAACAGCUUGUUGCCUCUUGAACUCGGGGGCGGAGACGUGGGGGCGAGCGCGGCGGCCGACCCCGAGCCCAGGCUCAGCAACCAGCCGUCCCUGCUGGAGAACGCUCUGUCUCAGGAAAACCCCGGAGUGGGCGGGUCCUCAGACAUCAGCCUCACGCCGUGGCCGGCUGCCCCCGACAUCACCAGAGAGACCAGGAACAGCCUGAGGGACAACGGCCUGGAGGACUGCUCGAGGGAGGAGCCCCAGGAGAGACACCUGAGCCCACCUUUCCAUCGCCGCUCCUAUCACCUCCCGCAGAACGACAGUCGAGACGCCGCCGCCGAGCAGAGCGACCCCGACGAUGAGAUCUCCAGCCUGGCCUCCUCUGGGAACUGCGGCUCCCGCUCCUCUCACAGGAUCCAGGUCAAAGAGUGGAAGACGUCGCCUCGAGGCUCGCCCAAACUGAAGAGGAAGAUGAAGAAAGACGACAGUGAGUUUUCUCAGCCCCGACACAUGGAUCCUGCACAGUUCAACACAGAAACUCAGGACGAGCUGCUGAUGCUGCUGCGGGCCCAGCAGAGGGAGCUGUCCGAGAUGUCGGCGCUGAUGGAGACCAUGCCCGGUACCAUCAUGGCUCAGGUGGAGCACCUGCUGCUGAAGCACCAGGACCAGGAGCACCGCAGACUGGACCGAGUUCUGGCAGAGAGUCAGAACCAUCAGCAGCGGCUUCAGGAGCAGCUGGGCCAGCAGCUGGGCCACGCCCUCAGCUCGGCGCUGAGCAGCAGGAUGGACAAGGUGCUGCGAGAGGAGCUGAAGAAAACCGUCCCUCCAACGAUUUCCAAAAGUCUGGAGCCGGUGACGGGUCAGCUGAACAACACGAUAGCAGCUAAACUGACGGCCGUGGAGGUCACCCUGAAAGAUAACGUCAGCAAGGUGGUGAAAUCCAAGAACCUAACGGACUCGAUCGGUCGAGCGGCAGCCGAAGCGAUUCAGGGACCGAUCCAGACGGCCUACAAAGAGGCCUUCCAGACCACCGUGCUGCCCGUCUUCGAAAGAGGCUGCCAGACCAUGUUUCAGCAAAUCAACGACAGCUUCAAGCAAGGAACGCACGAAUACAUCCAGCAGCUCGACGCCCACAUGAAGAACAGGAAGCAGAGGGAGCAGGAGGCGCGGGACCCCAUGAUCACGCAGCUCCAGCAGAUGAUCGAUGGCUUCCAGAGCUCCACCGAUCAGCUGGCCAGCAGCAUCACGGCCACGGUCCGGGCCGAGGUCCAGCACCAGAUGCAGAUGAUGGUGGGAAAUCUGCAGGAGUCCAUCCUCAGCCACGUGCAGCGGAUCGUUAAAGGGGAGGUGAGUCAGGCCAUGAAGGAGCAGCAGGCGGUGGUCACCUCCAGCAUCAUGCAGGCCAUGAGGUCCGCGGCCGGGACCCCCGUCCCCACGGCCCACCUGGACUACCAGACCCAGCAGGCCAGCAUCCUGCAGUUCCUGCAGCAGGGCCAGCUCAACCAGGCCUUCCAGCAGGCGCUGUCGGCCUCCGAUCUCAACCUGGUCCUGUACGUGUGCGAGACCAUCGACUCGCAGCAGGUCUUCGGUCAGACCCCCUGCCCCCUCAGCCAGCCGGUCCUGCUCUCGCUCAUCCAGCAGCUCUCCUCCAACCUGUCCACCCGCUCCGAGCUCAAAAUCAGCUACCUGGAGGACGCGGUGAUGAACCUGGACCACAGCGACCCCCUGACCAGAGACCACAUGUCCUCCGUGGUGGUCCAGGUCCGACCCAAGCUCCUGGCCUUCCUGCAGCAGGACCCCCACAGUCCGCUCUGCAAGACGGUGCGCCGCCUGAUGAUGAUGCUGCAGGGGCUGGUCAGCCACUAGACCCCGCCCCCUGUUCCUCCUUACAGAACCAUCAGGAACCGCUUCGGUCUCAUUCUGGGAUCCGAGACAAAAACUGUAUUUUUGUUCAGUUUAUUUUUAUUUUUUAUCUCUGCUGGACGAUCAGGUCAGAGCUGUAGAUCCUUCAAAGCUUCGGCUCCUUUCAGCACUCCUCCCAUGCCCCGCCUCUUUUUGUUCAGGAGCAGAAGUGCAGCUCAUCUUCAGACCUUCGUCUCUCUGUAGGCUGGAGGCCACGCUCCGGCUGAAGUAACUGUGAAACUAAAACAAGUUUUAUUUGGAGCGGUCUCGUUUUGUUUGCUGUUCCUGACCCGGCAGCCGUCCACCUGUACAGCUCAGACCUGUUCUCCUCUGUGUUCGCUCCUUUUUGUAUUUUAAAAAGCGUUUAGCCUUUGUAAGCCAUGUAUACUUGCUUUAAGGCUUGUAAAAGUAGAUAAACAAUAAUUUGAUUGUUCUUUUUUCAGAGAACGUGCAGUUCCUGCUCUGAAGCUGCAGGGGGCAGCACUGAUCUGCACUCCCUGCUUUACAGGUUUAGGUUUUGGGAAAUCAUUCCUGCUGUUAACUUUUUUCUCUCUCUUUUUUUGGCCGUGCGUUCAAACGAGCAGGUUCCCGCCUUCAGCUUGUGAAAAAACUCUUGUUGUGUUAAUAAAAGAAUAAUUUACAGGGUCGUUCGCCAGCCUGGCUGAUCACUAAAUAAAAGAACCGUCGACUUCGUUUAGAA